UAUCCAAUGAGCGCUCUCGGUGGGCGAGGAGAACAACGGUUCAGUGUAGUGUUGUUUUUGCGUCCAAACGCGUUGAUAUUGUCAAACACAAAGGCCUGAGAGCAGCAGCUGGAGUGAAGAAAUAAACGCAGAGCCGCGUUUCCGUUUUGUGUGUGUCGUUUCCCGGUGGAGGAAGCAGCUCUCGGCACCGUCAGAAACGUCUCCCCCGGUCUACUCGGAGCUUGGAAAGGGAACAAUGCCAGGCAAAGCCGCGGUGACAGUGGCUCUUGAGCCCAGCGGUAAGGGGGUCAUUACGGCGGCUCCACAGAAGUCGUUCCCCUUCGCUUUGAAGAAGAUCAUGGAUAUUCCUCCUCCUAACAUCCUGGAGGAAGGCGACGACGAAAUAGAGAAAGAGAAGCUGUGCUCAUCUGAGGAUGUGGAGGGAGGCGGGGCUGGGGCAGCCAGUGCUGGUGGAGGUUCUAGAGGAGGUGGCGGAGGAGGCGCUGGAGGGGUAUCAGCCUCCCUGACCCCAGCCAUUUGGGAGAAGACCAUCCCCUACGAUGGGGAGACCUUCCACUUGGAGUACAUGGACCUGGAUGAGUUCCUCCUGGAGAACGGUAUUCCUGUCACCGUGGAGGAGGAGGAGCUGCAGAAGACUCUCUCCUCCGUGGUAGGCAAAGGCAAAUCCAUCCCCAAGGUUACUGCUACAGCUACUACUACUACUACGCCUCCCGCUGCUGCUGCUGCUGCUGCAGCCUCCAUCUCCACCGCAGCGUCUCCUCCCUCCGUCUCCGCCACCUCUGGGGUCACCUCAGAUCCAGAGGAAACCAUGACAGUCACUACAUUACUACCAGCUAAACUAGAAGAAGAAGAGGAGGAGGAGGAGGAGGAAGAAGAAGAAGAGGAAGGACAAGAAGAUGAGUCUUUGUCUGAGGAGGCGACAGCAGAAGUGGAAGUGAAAGAGAAGAAAACAGGUGAGAAUUUUUGAUUUAUAGAGGUUGUU